CUUACAGUGCAGCACAUCCGACACGUGUCUGAGUGUAUGUAGGGUUGUUGUCGGUGGUGAAAGUUAUUCGUUCAAUUAAGUUUGUUUUCCUGAUAAAUCGUAGAAAUGGGAGGUCUUCAAAAGAAGAAGUAUGAGAGGGGAUCCGCCAGUAAUUAUAUCACCAGGAACAAAGCACGGAAGAAACUGCAGCUGAGCCUGGCUGACUUCAGGCGCCUCUGCAUUCUCAAGGGAAUAUACCCCCAUGAGCCCAAACACAAGAAGAAGGUCAACAAGGGCUCUACAGCUCCACGCACCUUCUACCUGCUCAAAGACAUCCGCUUCCUUCUGCACGAGCCCAUCGUCAGAAAGUUCAGGGAGUACAAGGUUUUUGUGAGAAAGUUGCGCAAGGCAUACGCUAAAGCAGAAUGGACUGGAGUCCAAAGACUGAAGGAGAACAAGCCCAGCUACAAACUGGAUCACAUCGUCAAGGAGAGGUACCCCACUUUCAUAGACGCCAUCCGGGACGUUGACGACACCCUCUCGAUGUGCUUCCUGUUCUCCACCUUUCCUCGCACUGGCAAGUGCCAUGUGCAGACCAUUCAGCUGUGUCGGCGCCUCACUGUGGAGUGGAUGAACUACAUCAUUGCGUCCCGCUCGCUCAGAAAGGUGUUCCUGUCCAUCAAGGGGAUUUACUACCAGGCAGAGGUCUUAGGGCAGCCCGUUACCUGGCUGGUGCCCUAUCAGUUUUCCCAUAACAAACUCGCAGCGCUCAGUGCCAGCCUGGCACGGGUCAUCUCCAGUGGACAAGAGGAAGAGGUGGAACUGGAUCAGUUUCCUGCAGAAGGGGAGGAUGCUGAGCAGCUGGAGGCGAGGCAGAAAGAGCAGAUGCAGCUGGAGGCCCAGAAGAAAGUUUUCGAGGGCCUGAAGUUCUUCCUGAACCGAGAGGUGCCCAGGGAACCCCUCGCCUUCGUCAUCAGGUGUUUUGGAGGGCAGGUGUCCUGGGACAAGUCCCUCUGUAUCGGUGGCACAUAUGAUGUGACAGACGAGACCAUCACACACCAGAUAGUCGACAGACCCAGCCUGGACAAGCAGUAUAUCAACAGGUACUACAUUCAGCCCCAGUGGGUGUUCGACUGCGUCAAUGCCAGGCUGCUCCUGCCUGUGGAGGACUACUUUCCUGGCGUCGUCCUGCCGCCUCAUCUCUCGCCCUUCGCAGAGGAGAAAGAUGGGGACUACAUGCCACCUGAGAAGCUACAGAUGCUGGCACUGCAGCGAGGAGAAAUGCCGUUCAAGGCUGAGAGUGAGGAGGAAGAAGAGGAGGAGGAGGAAGAAGAAGAGGAGGAGGAAGAGGAGGGCUCGGUGGAUGAAGAGAUGGAUGAAGAAGAGGUGACAGAGGAGAUGAACCUGAAGCAAAUGGAACAGCAGAGAGCUCAGGGCAAGGCUCUCUCCGUGAAGGUGACACCAGGAAAGAUGAAAAUGGAGAACAAGAUGCGCUUGGAGCAGGAGGAGAAAGCUGAGGAGAAACGGCUGGCCAUCAUGAUGAUGAAGAAGAAAGAGAAGUACCUCUACGACAAAAUCAUGUUUGGCAAAAAGAGGAAAAUCAGAGAGGCAAACAAACUGGCAGCAAAGAGGAAAGCUCAUGAUGACAACGCAAAAGUUGAAAAAAAGAAGAAAAAAGCCAAGAAACAGUAACAGUUUUUGGAAAAGGACUUUUACAGUUUCACUAUGUGGUGCAGCUGAGGGGAGCUGGUUUGCAGAGAGUGGAAUUUGUACAAACUCCAGAAUUAACUGGGCUCCUCGAGUUGAUUUGCCUUCUGGUAUUAAAGAUAAUGGGUCAGGGAAUAAGAACACAGUCUCAGAUCAGGUCAUCUGCCUGUAAUUAUGAAAGUAAAGAGCUUUGUUCUAAGAUGAAACUGAAAUGCUCAGUGACCUUUAUUCAUCUUUAUUCAUUCAUAUUCUCUUGUCCUGCAUUUUAGAUGUUCUUAAGAGGGGUGAAAGUCAUAUGAAAUUUAAUCUCAAACUGUAUUUUUCAAGAUCUUAUUGCUUCCUGUUGUAAUAAAUUGCCAAGAUGAAACAGGUCCACAGGAUUUUUGUUUAGCAACAGGCAUGCAGUUUACUUAAAUGUAAAGUAGAUGGAAACCUGUCAAAAAAGAAGAUUUAUUAUGGCCUGUGCUGAAUUUUAUUCAGGUAAUUACAUUUGCUUAUUGUGCUGUAUUAAAUUCCAUACAAUAAAUGAUAUUGUCUUGCUGUA